AUGUUGCUGGGGUUGUUGAGCCUGGUAGCAAUGUACAGGAGCGCCCUGCCCGGAGAGCCGACUGUUCAGUGUGGCUCUGAGCCUGGGCCAUCUCCAGAGUGGAUGGUGCAGCACAAUCUCACCCCAGGAGACUUGAGGAGCCUCCAAGUGGAACUUGUUCAAACUUGUUCAAAAAAGGAUUGCAAAAAAGAGGAUUUUUCAAUUUUGAUGAACAUAAGCUGGAUACUCCGGGCAGAUGCCAGCAUCCGCCUGUUGAAGGCCACCAAGAUCUGUGUGACUGGCAAAAGCAACAUGGAAUCGUACAACUGUGUGAGGUGCAACUAUACGGAGCCCUUCCAAAGGCAGACCAGACCUUCUGGAGGCCGAUGGACCUUCUCCUACGUGGGCUUUCCCGUGGAGCUGAGCACAGUCUAUUUCAUCGGGGCCCAUAACAUCCCCAAUGCUAACAUGAAUGAAGACAGUCCUUCUUUGUCUGUGAACUUCACCUCUCCAGGCUGCCUAAACAAUGUAAUGAAAUAUAAAAGGCGGUGCAUUGAGGCAGGAAGCCUGUGGGACCCAAAUAUCACUGCUUGUAAAAAGAAUGAGACGACGGUUGAAGUGAAUUUUACAACCAAUUCCCUUGGAGAAAGAUACAGGGUUAGCAUUCUACAAAACCAAAGACUAUUGAAUUCGUCUCAAGUGGUGGAGAAUAAACCGACACGGAGGUCUGUGGCCAUUUCGGUGGGCGAGGAAAGUGAAGGUACCGAGUUCGAGCUGAUACCGUAUUUCCACCCCUGUGAGCCUGACUGCAUUCGCCGCAGAGGACCGGUUGGGCUUUGUAUAGAGACAAGUGGUCCCUACCCUCCAGACAACAACAGAAGCAUGCUGGGAGGCUGGGUGCCCUUCAUCUUGGUGCUGCUGGUGGCUACAUGGGUGCUGGCAGUUGGGAUCUACCUAACUCGGAGGCAAGGCAGGAGCACGGAGACUUCCUUCCCCGCCGCCAGCAUGCUCCUGCCCCUCAUUAAGGUCCUGGUGGUUUACCCGUCUGAGGUAUGUUUCCAUCACACGGUCUGCCGCUUCACCGACUUUCUUCAGAACCACUGCAGAAGCGAGGUCAUCCUUGAAAAGUGGCAGAGGAAGAGAAUAGCUGAGAUGGGCCCAGUGCAGUGGCUCAGCGCGCAGAAGCAGGCGGCCGACAAGGUGGUCUUCCUUCUUUCCAGCGACACCCACGGUCUCUGCGGCAGUGCCUGCCGCCCCAACACAGGUGGCGCCAGUGAAAAAGCUCAGGACCUCUUCCCUCUGGCCUUUAACCUCUUCUGUAGUGAUUUCAGCACCCAGGCUCAUUUGCACAAAUACAUGGUGGUCUGUCUUGGAGGAGCCGACAUCAAGGGCGACUAUAACGCUCUGAGUGUCUGCCCCCAGUAUCGUCUCAUGAAGGACGCCACUGCCUUUCACACAGAACUCCUCAAAGCUCCACGAAACGUGCCAGUGAAGAAACGGUCACAAGCCUGCAGUGGCAGCUGCUCCCCGUUGUAGUCUAUGCAGGACAGGAA